ACUGCGUGAGUGGCAGCCUGUUGCAGCAGCUCUGAUCUUUUUGGCUAAGUUUUAGUAUAUUUCCCUUGUUUUUUGUGUUUUUUUCUUCGUGUUUUUUUCUUUCUACACUAAUCUUCGGCGUUGCGUUUGCAGAUAUGGAUACGCAUUUGUGGAGGGAGGAGCUGUUAGCACUGAGCAACACCAGGAUACUUCCUACAGAAAGACCGGUGAUCCCCGAGGAAAUUAGGAGAAGGAGAAGGGGAAGCAGAGCUGGACUUAAACGCCGGGAGAGAAAAAAACGAUACAAACCGUUCAUUCCGUCCGUUAUUACGGGGAAUGUGAGAUCUCUCUCCAAUAAGAUGGAAGAGCUAACGGCGCUAACCAGGCUGCAGAGGGAGUACCGGGAGUGUAGCAUCAUGUGCUUCACAAAGACGUGGUUGAACGAUCUCAGUACGGAUUCACUGGUUACACUGGACGGAUUUCAACUUGUGAGAGCGGACAGGAAAGCAAAGGAGAGCAGCAAGAGGAAGGGUGGGGGAAUAGCGAUGUUUGUGAACGAGAGAUGGUGUAACCCUGGGCAUGUCAGGGUUAAAGAGCAGUGGUGCACUAAGGAUAUUGAGUUACUAGCGGUUAGCAUGCGGCCAUAUUACCUGCCGAGGGAGUUCUCGCACGUCAUUGCGUUAACUGUCUACAUCCCCCCCUCGGCUGACGCUACAGCGGCACAUGAGCUACUUCACACUGUUGUGUCACAGCUGCAGACAUCACACCCACAGUCCCUCCUUCUCAUCUCCGGGGACUUUAAUCAUGCUUCCCUGUCCUCAACUCUCCCCACCUUCACACAGUAUGUUAAAUGCCACACUAGGGGCAAUAAAACACUGGAUCUGCAGUAUGCAAACACAAAAGAUGCAUACAGUUCUUCACCCCUUCCCCCGCUUGGCCACUCAGAUCACAACCUGGUACAUCUGCUGUCUGUCUACAUACCUUUGGUGAAUAAACAACCUCCAAUUACAGUGUAUGUGAGAAAUGGUCUGAGGAGACUAGUGAGGCACUAAGAGACUGUUUUGAGU